AAAAUAUAAAUGAAUAAUAGAGAAUGAUAGGAAUAGGAGUAUGUUUAAAAAAAUGAUAUUAAAGAAGAAAUAGACACGUUUAAGUAUUGAAUACAGAAAAAGGAAGGAAAAAUAUAAGAUAGGAAAGAAGAUCAAAUAUAAUUAAAAUGCAUUUUUUUUCGAUCGAUGUAAGCGAUCGGUAUAUGAUCGUGAAAUGAAAAAGAAGAUGGUAUGUACUGAUGAUAAUAUAAUUAUCAGAGAAAUGAUUUGCACCUGCCGGAUAGUCGAGGCGCGGAUAAGACGCGGAUCACUUUGACUUGUCGAGGCGACGGACGACGAAUUCGUCCGUAGCGCCGUGUGUAAACCGUCCGUCCGCCGUUGCCCGAACGCCAAAAUCCGAGCAAUGGUGUACUAAGACAUCGAUCUACAUAAUAUUUGCAAAGUAAGAGUAUUAAGCCAGUCUGAAAAAUGAAUAAUCAAGCGUUCAGUUUGGCAGAAAAGCUUAUACCUUCUACGUAUGUGCAACAAGGUUUAAAUGCAAAGAAAACUCGCGAAAACCAUAUAAGACAUUUUAUUGAACAUAGACAAUGGCCAGAAGAGGGAUGGGAUGACGCAACAAUAGAAGCUUUUCUCUCUGAUCUUUCGCAAAUGGAUAGCAACAAUUUUCCUUCUAACUGUAGUGUCGGAGAACGUGAAGCAAGAAUUGCAUCAAGUAUAGUAGCAAGAAGACAUUUUCGCAUGGGACAUGGAAUUGGUAGAUCAGGUGAUCUAGAAGAAGUACAACCAAAAGCUGCUGGUAGCAGUCUCAUGUAUAAAUUGACAAAUGCUUUGGUAUUGGAAGUAAUACGUUAUAUGGGCGUAAAAAGUAUAGCUGGUUGUUUCUUAUCUCCUAUGGCUACAGGCAUGAGUUUAGUACUAUGUAUGUUGACUCUCAAACAAGGUAGACCACGAGCAAAGUAUGUUUUAUGGCCUCGAAUCGAUCAAAAAUCAAGUUUCAAGUCUAUAAUUACAGCAGGUUUAGAACCUGUAGUAAUUGAAAUGCAAAUAGUUGGAGAUGAAUUAAAAACAGAUAUGCAAAGACUCGAAGCCCAGAUGGUAGCUCUUGGAGAAAGUGUAGCUUGUGUACUUACAACAACAAGUUGCUUUGCACCUAGAGCAUGUGAUUCAGUUGAUUUAAUUGCAGUUUUGUGUACGCAAUAUAAUAUACCCCACUUAGUAAAUAAUGCUUAUGGGUUACAGAGUACAAGAUGUAUGCGUCUCAUACAAGAAGCAUCGCGUAAGGGUCGCGUUGAUGCAUUUGUUCAAAGUACAGAUAAAAAUUUUCUUGUACCCGUGGGUGGUGCAGUAAUUGGAUCAUUUGAUAAAAACCUUUUGGAUCGUAUAUCAAAAAUGUAUCCAGGUCGUGCAAGUGCAAGUUCUACUAUGGAUGUUAUGAUAACAUUGUUGAGCCUUGGAAUAGCAGGUUAUAAGCAACUUAUUGCCGAGCGUAAAGAAAUGUAUUCUUAUCUUAAAGAGGAACUUGGAAAAUUAGCAGCAAGGCAUGGAGAACGUUUAUUAGAUACAAAAGGAAAUCCAAUAUCAAUGGGGAUGACAUUACAGUGUUUAAGUCAUCAACAUGAUAAUAAGCAAGUUACAACAUUAGGAUCAAUGUUGUUCCUUCGUAAUGUUAGUGGUACUAGAGUAAUCACUACAACAGACUCUAAGCACAUUGUUUCGCACAAGUUUGAAGGAUGGGGAGCUCAUAACAGUAAUUAUCCAGUACCAUACCUAACUGUUGCUGCAGCUUUAGGUAUGAAAAGAUCAGAUGUUGAUGCAUUUAUACAAAGACUAGAUAAAGCAUUAACAAAAGUACGAAGACGUUCCGCUUCGGUAACUCCAACAGCAUCACUUGCUGGAUCCAGUAUUAAUGGAGAUGCUGGUGGUGCUGGUGGUCCAGGUGAAUCCAGCACAGCUUCAACUAGCCGAGCAAGUAGUAAAGAUAGUUUAAGAAAAUGAACCGUAAUCAACGCAACUGGUCAGUCAAAUCAGCACAUUAAUAUUAAUUUGUAAGUAGUUCACUACUUACAAUUAAUAAAUUUUUCAUAUCUCUGCAUAAUGACUCGUAUCAAAACAAUAAUCUUUAACUUGGUUAUUACAGUGCAGUAUUUUUCUACAUAAUAUCAUUUAAAAUUUACACAUAUGAAUAUAAAAAAUCUUUUACUGUACUUUUAUUUUUUAUACAUCAAUUAAUAAUUUUUAUUUCUCUAUGAAAAAAUGUAAUCAUCUGAAAUUUAAAAAUUUUACUAAACUAUUUUUAUAUUAUAAUAAAAUAUGACUCAUGUCAUUUAAAGCAAACGAAUAAGAUACAGUACAUGUUGCAGAAGUAUGGAAUAAAUAAUGAGCUGAUCUGUCUGCCCACUUGCGUUGUGAUAUUGUCAAUUCCUAUCUUAAGAGGCAAGGCAAUUGGAUGUUAAGUAAAUGAUAUUAAGUGAAUGUCAAAGUUAAUGCAAUGGAAUCAAGAAAUAAGAAUACAACAUUCUCUUAGUUAUCUGUUACAAGAUAUUCAAUUAUAUAUGCGCUGGCCGCAAAAAUCAUUAUGAAUUGUUUACAAAUUUAUAUUUUUUGUGAAACAAAAAUAUGAAAAUUGUUCUUGGGUGCAUUUUACUUCUAGCUUAUCAUGUUGUAAGAUAUAAUAUUAAGUUUUACAUUCUGUGUUGUAUAAGUACUAGAACUUCUGUAGAUGAUUCAUAACGCAAAUAACAAACUAUUAUGUUUCCAAGACAUAAUUAGUCUUAAUUAAUAAUAUCUUUGGAUUAUAUAUUAUUAACAUACAAUUUAUUCUCAUAAAUAUUGUUUAUAUAAUUUAAAAAAUAAUUCUAUAUUUAAAGAAAACACAUUAAUAUAAAUGUUUGAUAUCUUUGUUUUAUUUUAGAGAAAAUUGUAUGUCAAAGGAAAUAGUGAGAUUAUAUGUUACUGAUUGUAAAAAGAAACUUUAAUGAUAAUAUAAUUGCCUGAUUGUAUCAAUACAGUAAUAAUACAAGUUUGAAGCAUGAUACAUGAAAGUUGAGCACAUGCUAUAAAAAAAAUCGUAAAUAAUUUUUAUGAAUAUCAGCGAUGUUAAACGACAACAUAUUUCUUUUUUAAAAUGUUUAAAUGAUUAUAAAUAUAUUAUUACAACUAUUUAUUUUUUUUGCAAAGUU